CCUCCAUUGUUGCUGCAUUGUCUCGAUCUGCUUGAGGUUUAAUUACCUUAUUACGUGCUAGCUAGCUAGUUUGCUGGGUAGGAGAUGAACCACUCCGUGUCGGACCGGAGCUUCAUCAUCGACAGCGACGACGAGGACGACGCCGGCGUCGAGGAUGGCAAGCGCCGCGGCGGCGGCGGCGGCGGCGGCGAUGAGUCGGACAACGGGUCGGACUACUCGUCGUCGUGCGGCAGCCCACGGGUCACCGUCGCCGCCGCCGCCGGCGGGAGCCAGCCCAGCUCCUACACCCAGCAGUGGCCGCAGAGCUACAGGCAGUCGAUUGACAUGUACAGUAGCGUCCAGUCGCCGAACCUGAGCUUCCUGGGCACUCCGACGCUGAGCAGGCUGUCCAACUCUUUCCUGACGGCCUCAUUCCGGGGCAAGCCGCCGGAGAUCAUCUCCGGCCUCAUCAAGCCGCUGCUUCCGACGACGGCAGCCGACGGUGGCGGCGGCGACGAAGGCGACGGCCGGCAACAGCACCAUGAGGAUGGCAGGAAGAGCUCGCAGUACCUCCUGCCGCCGAGGAGGCCGUCGUCUCUGCACAAGAUCCCCGAGGACCAGAAGCCGUUGGUGGUUGGCCACCACGAGGUUGGGCCCUACCGGCAGUGUACCUACACUCAGGGUGUCAUGAACGGAGUAAAUGUCCUGUGUGGUGUGGGGAUCCUAUCAACGCCUUAUGCUGUCAAGCAAGGUGGCUGGCUUGGGCUGACUAUACUGGCUCUGAUGGCUGUGUUGGCAUGGUACACUGGCAUCCUGCUCAAACGCUGCCUGGACAGCAAAGAAGGCCUUGAGACCUACCCAGACAUCGGCCAUGCAGCCUUUGGCACCACUGGUCGCAUCGUCAUCUCGAUAAUUCUGUACAUGGAACUGUAUGCCUGUUGCAUUGAGUAUUUAAUAUUAGAGAGCGAUAAUUUGUCGAAAUUGUUUCCGAAUGCACACCUUACCAUUGGGACCUUCACAUUAAACGCACAUGUCUUAUUCGCAAUCCUUACUACGCUGGUUGUCAUGCCAACAACUUGGCUUUGCGACCUUAGCUGUCUAAGCUUCAUUUCAGCUGGAGGAGUGAUUGCAUCUAUAGUCAUUGUUGCUUGCCUGUUCUGGGUUGGACUUGUUGAUCACAUUGAGGCCAAUGAUGGAGGGACGGCACUGAAUCUCCCAGGAAUCCCCAUUGCCAUUGGGUUGUAUGGCUACUGCUACUCAGGUCAUGGAGUGUUCCCUAACAUCUACACUUCCAUGAAGAAACGCAGUCAGUUCCCCGCUGUUAUUUUCUCCUGCAUUGCAUUAUCUACCUUUUUGUUCGCUGGUGCUGCAAUUAUGGGGUACAUAAUGUUUGGUGAAUCAACAGAAUCUCAGUUCACAUUAAACUUGCCAUCAAAUCUGGUAGCUUCCAAGAUUGCCGUCUGGACAACGGUGACAAAUCCAAUAACAAAAUAUGCACUUACCAUGACUCCUCUUUCCCUGAGUAUGGAGGAGCUGCUACCUCCUAAUCGGCAGACAUACCCUAACAUUGUCAUGCUUAGAUCAGCACUUGUGCUAUCUUCCCUUAUUGUGGCUCUCUCUGUUCCAUUCUUUGGACUUGUUAUGUCACUAGUUGGGUCGUUCCUCACCAUGUUUGUGGCAUAUAUUCUACCAUGUGCCUGCUUCUUGGCCAUCCUCAGGAGAACAGUGACUUGGUAUCAGGUACUAUUAUGCGCGUUCAUCAUUGUUGUUGGGCUCUGCUGCGCGGGUGUGGGCACAUACUCGUCUUUAUCUAAGAUAAUCCAAAAGUACAAAUGAAUGCAUGCUUUUCUAGCAUCAUUGUUUCAAGAGGAAAUGUUUUCACCAAGUUUGAUGUCGAGUUAUAUAUAUUAAUAUAUAGUAUGUAAUCUCAAAGGUGUAUUAGUUUGAGGUGCUUUGCAUAAGGAGGACAUGAAGGUGAACUCACCAUUUUGUUUGUCCAUGUGUAAUUCUUGUUAGUCAUAAGAUUGGCGUAUUCAA